AUGGCGCUCGGGCCGGUGCUGAUGAAGGUGCCGAAGAAGCGCGGGAGGCCGCGCAAGUACGGGCCGGACGGGAGCCUGAUCCGCCCGCUCAACGCCACGCCGAUCUCGGCGUCCGCGCCCAUGCCCACCGCCGUGGUGCCGGGGCAGUACACGCCGGCCUCCGCGGUGGGCGCCGCCAUGAAGCGCGGCAGGGGACGGCCCCUCGACUUCGCCGCCGCCGCCGCCAAGCAGCACCAGCAGCUCCACCACCACCAACACCAGCAGCAGCAGCAGUUCGGCUUCCACUUCAACUCCAUAGGUGACAUGGUGGCAUGUUCUGCUGGUGCUAAUUUCACUCCGCAUAUAAUUACCGUCGCUCCUGGUGAGGAUGUGACGAUGAAGGUUAUAUCAUUUUCCCAACAAGGACCACGAGCCAUCUGUAUUCUCUCAGCAAACGGUGUGAUAUCGAACGUUACACUUCGUCAGCCUGAUUCCUCUGGUGGCACGUUAACUUAUGAGGGACGCUUUGAGUUGCUGUCCUUGUCUGGGUCCUUUAUGCCCACUGAAAACAGCGGAACACGAAAUCGAUCAGGUGGGAUGAGCGUGUCUCUUGCGAGCCCAGACGGCCGUGUUGUCGGUGGCGGAGUUGCCGGCCUGCUGGUGGCAGCAAGUCCUGUUCAGAUUGUGGUUGGGAGCUUCCUGCCAAGCUACCAGAUGGAGCAGAAGAACAAGAAGCCGCGGGUGGACGCGGCGCCCACCACCGUCCCGCAAACGCCUCCCGCGGUCCCGAUCUCAAGCGCGGACACCCACAGCAGCGAGCAAGGGCAGCAGAGCUCCGCGGCCCAGAGAGGGAUGACCUCAGGAGGAGCCUAUGGUGCGGACCAGAGCUGGGCAUCCCCUGUGCAGCAGCCGAUGGCUGAGGUGUCCAGGACGCCAUCGUCAGGGGACCUGAAGAUGACCGCGUCCGGAUCAUGA